UAUUUUACUCACGCGCGAGUAUCGUUCACGCCAAAGUAUUUCAACAUGAGGGCUCUGAUCUGCCUGAUGCUGGUUGCCGCAGCAUUCGCCACCGAAGUGAAGAAUGUCCAGAAGCGUGGUCUGAGUUUAGGUGGAUGGGGAGGACUCGAUGGUCUGAGUUUGUCUAGUGGAUAUGGUGGUGGAUAUGGUGGUGGAUAUGGUGGUGGAUAUGGUGGUCUGAGUUUAGGUGGACUAGAUGGUGGACUAGAUGGUGGUCAUGGCAAGAUCGCCAUCGCCAUCAAGGAGAGGACUGUUCCAGUCGCGGUUCCGCACCCAGUUCCCGUCCCAGUUGACCGUCCGUACCCCGUUAAGGUUCCAGUCGCCGUUCCAGCGCCCUACCCAGUUAUUCAAACGAAAACUAUCACGGUUCCCGUAGAGAAGCCAGUUCCAGUCGCCGUUCCAGUGCCACAACCCUACCCAGUUAUUCAGACGAAAACUAUCGCGGUUCCCGUAGAGAAGCCAGUUCCAGUCACGGUUCCUGUCAAGGUCCCAGUACCCGCCCCAUACCCCGUUAAGGUUGCAGUGCCUCACCCAGUCCCAGUUGCAGUACCCCAUCCAGUUCCAGUUGCGGUUCCGCAACCGGUCUACAUCAAAGAAACGGUUCCCGUUUACAUUAAGGGACACUACUAGAUGAAUUUCUCCUCCAAAAAAAGUCACAUACACGCCACCCCGCUCCAUUUCGCGACCUUUUUUCCCAACAGCGCAAAAUCCAUCACGACGAGCAGACGACGUUUCUUCUUGUCGUGUAUAGUACCUUUAAUUCACGGAAUAAAUCAAUUUUGUAAAUGUUUUCAUAAAGAAA